AUGUUCGAGAAGCCGUUUAAGUCACGUUUAUUCAGGGCCCCACUUGAUGCUUCAAAUAGCAAACUCAAGUGGGCAAAAGCAAUUCCCGAUGCGAUCCAUCUGUCACCUCUGUCCCAUGGAGCAACAGGCUGGUUCAACUAUGUUGCAUCCACAGGUUUGUGGAGACACUUUCAUGAUUCUUCAUAA